AUGCUUACUACUAUUGACGAGCUCGACGAAUUUAAGAAAAAAUUACAAAAAGGCCAGAUACAAAGGGAUACCUUCAAGCCUGCCAGAAAUAAAGUAGUCCGUCUUGUGGAGAAAGCAAAGAAAGAUAACAUUGUUAAUGAAAUUGAAAACAACAAAUUUGAUUCAAAGGUUCUCUGGAAAACUUUAAAGAAAAUUUUCCCUACUAAAGCAACAAAAUCAGGCAAAGUGAAAACCUUUGAAAAAGAUGGGACAAUGUAUACUACCCCUGAAGAGAUCUCUAACCUAUUCAAUGAGCAUUUUGUCGCUGUUGCUAACAACAUCAUCGAAAGUAACAACUCGACUUAUCCUGAAUUUACCAAAUUGGAAAACUUCGUUAGGCUUCAAAAAGGCAUUAACUCAUAUAAUUUAAGUAUACCAACAGUAACAGAAAGUGAAGUUUUAGAAUUGGUUAGAUCACUGCCAUCGCAUGUAGCAACUGGACUUGACGGUUUGAGUUCUCAUCUGUUGAAAAUUAUUGCAUCAGCAAUUGCACCCAGUCUAACCAAGAUAUUCAACUGCAGUUUAAUCAAUGGCACGGUGCCAAGUGCCAACUGA